CCGGUCCGGUGGGGUAAUAAGUCCGGUCGCAUUCGUUCAGGUCAGUAUUGUAUUUCUUGUUAAUUACUUAAAUAUUACCUCAACUGCUGGGGUUUUCAUCUACUGCAGCGUUAUGUUUGGAUAAAAAAAAAUUUCUCAAUUACUCUGUCGGUAUUUAUUCUCAGCAAGAGAUCGUAGCCGGAUGCAAAGUCAAACCGGCGUAAAUGUGACCCUGCUGCAAGCAAACGUCUGUCACGGACAUGACGCUACACAUUUCAUGCAGAAAUGGAUGAUGAUGAUGCACCCGAAGAGGUCUUUGCUGAACUCAAGACCAGGCCCAUUGGAGGUUGGGGUGUUGCUCAGAUCGGAGCUGGUACUGGACUUGCUGUAUAUGCUAUGUGGGUGGGAAUCCUCCAGCCAGGCUUCAGAAAAGUCCCUUUGAGGCUGCAGGUCCCCUACAUUCCUGCCAGCAAAGCUCAGGUACAAAAUGUGAUGACGCUGCUGAGAGGUCGAAAGGGGGGCCUGGUGGAUUUGGGAUCUGGUGAUGGUCGCAUUGUCUUGGAGGCCCAUCAGCGUGGUUUCAGUCCUGCUGUUGGUUAUGAGCUCAACCCCUGGCUAGUUCAGCUGGCCCGCUUUCAUGCAUGGAGAGCAGGCCACCAUGAAAAAGUGUCAUACCGUCGAGAAGAUCUGUGGAAGGUCGACUUGACAAAAUGCAAGAAUAUUACAGUAUUUUUGGCUCCCAGUGUGCUUUCAUUAUUGCAGGAGAAGUUGCAGGCUGAGCUUCCUGAUGAUGCUUUAGUGGUAGCUGGUCGUUUCCCUCUCCCUGAUUGGAAACCCUGCAGGAUUGAAGGACAAGGUGUGGACAGAGCUUGGGCAUACAGCAUGCAAGCACAACGACAGAACAUCGGCAAGGAAAAUAAUAACUCCAUAACCACAGAGUAACAAUGAACUCAGCAAAGAAUCCACUUGAAACUACAUAGAUUUUGCCAAUCCCCUGACCUCCUAGUCUGGUAACAUGGAAUCAUGCACUGUAUAAUUAUCUCACUACUUAAGUUGUAAAUGUCCUUUACUUGAAAGUUGAGGACGUUUACCCAGACUUGAACCUACAGGAGAAUAUUUCUUGCAAACUAUCAUGGCUGUCUUCUAUACUGUGGCUCUAAAGUUCUAGCAUAUUUUUUACACAAAUGUUCUCUUCUACAGUUUUAAUAGAAUGUGUCCUUGAUUUGUUAUCAGCAAUGUCUGAGCCUCUGAGUUAAAGACUGUGUUAGCUGGAAAAGAAAGCCACCUACGAAGCAGAGCAAGCUUUUAAACGUUGUUGUAUUAUCUGCUUAAAUGCUGGAGAACUGAAAUUCAUUUUCUGUUUUCAGCAUUUUAUUAUUUUAAAUCCGUUAUAAUUAUUACAUAGUAUUUCUUACAUCUUGAUCUAUUUAUAGUAAGACAACUUACAAAGGACUUUUUAAUAGUAUAACUAGUUUUUUACUGGUAAAUAGAAUCAAUGCCAAAAAUGUAAAUGCAUUUUACAUUUUUACACCUGUCUAUAAAGGGUACAUGAAGUAAUAACAGCAUAGUUUUUAUACUGCACUGCAUCUUUCAUUUUAUGACAUAGUUACCUCUGUGUGUAUGCAUAUGCAUGUAUUUAACCUGUGUUGUGAGUCAUCCAACAAGUAAAGAUAAUUUAUUUCA